AUGGAAGAAGAUUCUUCUCAAGCGAUAGAUGCGCCAACAACAACUUCAAAUGUGUCAGGCCAGUUUAGUUUUAUCAAAUUACUGACUGAUUCUGACAGCGAGUGUGUUUCCAAGCCAGUUCAAGAUGAUCAUAGUCUAGAAGCUAGUGACCGUCUAGAAUUAGCAGCGGAAAAAUCUGUAGCAGUGGAAAAACUAGAAAAUAAUGCCUCGAAAGCUUAUUUUUUGGGGAUCUACAGCACUGAAGUCAACGCUAGAAUCUCCACUCGCACCGUUAAGAUCAGUUUUGUUCCUAGAUUAAUCAGUAUAGAAUUGAUGACUUCGACUGAAACUUCCAGACAUUGUCUUAGACAAGUCAAAUUGCUCCAGGACAUGUUUAGAACAUUUUCAUCUCGAAAUUUCAUGUUUACAAUUUCUAGACAUUCUCUAAGGCAAACAUUAUUAUUAUUGCCCCUGGAAAUGUUUGGAAAUCUUUCAAUAGCAAGUUCUCAGUUAGAAAGUUCUAGAUAUUGUCUAAGAAAAGCGAAAGUUUUCACUAGACAUAUUUGGAAGAUUCUCACUUGCUAGUUUUUUCAGCUCGAGAUUUCUAGAUAUUGUCUAAGGCAAGUAAAAUUGUUCCCUGGACAUAUUUGGAAAUUUCAAUAGCUAGUUCUUUGUUUGAACUUCUAGAUAUUGUCUAAGUCAAGUAACAUUGUUCCCUGGACAUAUUUGGAAGCUUCUUACCUUCUAAAUAGAGUUUAAAACCAAGUAACAUUGUUUCUGAACGUAUUUAGAAUUCGAUGCCUAGGAAAUUGUGCCGAUUUGACUAUUUUUCCGUGUUUUUGCUAGAAUUUUGAGAAUUUUUGUAAUUCCCGAACUUCCAAAAGUUUGUUUGCAUCUAGUUAUUGUCCAAGAUAAGUAACAUUGUCUUUGGACUUAUCUAGAUAAAUUUCAAACGGCAAAUUCUCGAAGAACAAGUUAUCUUGACCAUUUUUUUGUGUUAAUUUUUCUAGAAAUUUGAGGAUCGAAAACUCCCCGAACUCUUGCUCCUUUGGAACAUUACCUCCGAGUAUUUAGGCAUUGUAAAAUUAUGCCCAGAUACCUUUGGUUUGUCUCCAGUAGGAACAAUCUACUAGAAACUUAAAUGUCUCUACAAGUCGAAUAUGUGUGAGUAGGAAUUCCCAUUUUCUCCCACUGGGUUUUUUCUACGGUACCCUACCCGCUGGUUCGCCUCUCUUUUUUCUUUCAACCUUUUAACCACGUUUUCUGUCGAAACCGGCAAGGCUGCCUUCCGGGCCCCCCAAUGUCGCGGACGCUGCGAACAAGGCUGAAAAGAGAAAGAAAAAGAAGAGAGAAAUAAUAAAUAUUCAAACAACCGCGAGGGUCUCGUAGCGCCUACAGUAGUUUGUGUGUCGCUCCUUUAAAUCGACGUCUCCUUUUUUGGGUUCCGGCGUUUUUAGGCCAGUUGAAGAAAACCAGAAGAAUUCCGAGUUUAGCCUCGAAUUGCUGACGUUUAGCACGUCAGACUUCUGUCUAUUAUUCUGCCUAGAACUGCUGAUUCGCUAGAAGUUGGGAUCCUAGAAGUCACCUUCUACCAGUCGUUGUUCCCUAGGAACUUCAGGUUAGUGAAAGUAUUUGCUAGGGCAAGUUAUAGUUAGAGCGCUGCUAGACCUUUAAACUCGCCCAAUUUCAAACACCACUUUCAGUCUAACAAGGAAUGAAUUCGAGUAUAAGUCUUUUACUAUGCCCUGA